GAUUGUGGAGCUGUACAGCGGCCCUAGUCCUACAUAUUUGCUUGUCUGCAAGUUUUUAAUGCAGCCAAUCCAUGGAUACCAUAACUAACCUAAUGAAGUCCAUGGUUUAUGUUAUUUUGUUAUGCCUAUAUCUCAAAACUCAUAUCUGUCUUGCAGCUGACACCAUCACUACAAACCAAUCUCUCUCUGGUGAUCAGACCAUUGUUUCAGCAGGUGGUGUUUUUGAACUGGGUUUCUUCAAUCCAGGUAGUUCCUCAAAGUACUAUAUAGGCAUUUGGUACAAGGAUCUAGACGUUGUCUGGGUGGCAAAUAGGGAGCAACCGAUCACAGACACAUCUUCAUCAGAAUUGAGGAUCUCAGAUGGUAAUUUGGUUCUAUUUAAUGAGUCCAAAAGUCCAAUUUGGUCCACAAAUGUGUCCUCCACCUCAGGUACUUCUAUUCGCGCAGUUCUUUUGGAUAAUGGGAACCUCGUUUUAAGAGCUGGGUCUAAUUCAUCCCAGCCUUCAUGGCAGAGUUUUUAUCACCCAUCUGGUACUUUGCUACCAGGAGGUAGAAUUGGGUUCAGUUCUAUUACUAAACAAAAACAAAUUUUGACUUCAUGGAAGAGUUCAGAGGAUGCUGCACCAGGUCUCUACUCUCUUGAGCUAGACCGAAAUGGAACCAACUCAUACAUCCUGCUGUGGAAUAGGUCUAAACAGUAUUGGACCAGUGGACCUUGGGAUGAAAAGAAUCGUACAUUCGGUUUGGUUACUGAUUAUAUCUACAAUUUCAGCUAUGUAACAAACAAAAACGAAAGCUAUUUCACCUAUUCUCUUUAUGAUCCUGCAAUCUUGUCUACAUUUUUGAUGCAUGCCUCGGGGCGGGUUCGGCAAAAGUCAUGGUUGAGAUCUGUCAACCAAUGGCAAUUCUUUUGGUCUCAACCAAGACAAUGCCAAGUCUAUGCCUUUUGUGGGGCUUUUGGCAGUUGCGAUGAGAAGUCCUCGCCCUUCUGUAAUUGUUUGAAUGGUUUUGAGCCGAAAUCGAAGGUGGAUUGGGAUUUGCAGGAUUAUUCUGGUGGGUGUUCAAGAAGAACCUAUCUGUAUUCUGGGAAUGCUACUAGUGAUAAUGCGGAAAAAGACCGAUUUCUAGACAUGCCUAGCAUGUCAUUACCUGAAAAUCAAGAGUCUGUAGAUGCUGCGAGUAUUGUUCAAUGUGAAUCAAUCUGCUUAAAUAACCAAUCUUGCGCUGCUUAUGCUUAUGACAGCAAUGGAUGCUCAAUUUGGAUUGGAGAUCUCUUCAAUCUGGAACAACUCACAGGAGAUGACAGUGAUGGAACAACAUUGUACCUCAGACUUGCAGCUUCCGAGUUUAAGAAUGUUAAGAGUAAUACAGAUGCAGCAUUGCUGUUGUGGUGGGCGGUCAUUACUUGGAAACACCAUUUUAAUUGUUCAUUUCUCUUCUUUGCAGGUGCCAAGAGUCCUGCUAAGAAGCGGUCCCUCGUAAUUGCAACAAUCACAGCAACAGCAGGAUUGCUCACAGUAAUUGUUGGCUGCAUCUUAUGGAAGAAGACUUUGGGAAAGAGAAGGGAGCGUAGGAGGAAGUACAAUGAGACUAAAAGUAAUAUUGGUGCAAAGAAUGAUGCAGAACUACCAGUCUAUAGUUUAAAGAGUAUAUUAGUUGCUACAAACAACUUCUCUGAAACUAAUAAACUGGGAGAGGGAGGAUUUGGCCCUGUUUAUAAGGGUAUUUUAACUGAAAGUCAGGAAGUAGCCAUAAAAAGGCUAUCAAAGAAGUCUGGGCAAGGACAUCAGGAGUUCAUGAAUGAGUUGAAACUCAUAGCCAAGCUCCAACACACCAAUCUUGUUAGGCUCUUGGGUUGCUGUAUUGAAGAUGGGGAAAUGAUACUGAUCUAUGAGUACAUGCCUAAUCGAAGUCUGGAUAAAUUCUUGUUUGAUGCAUCUGAAAACAUGAAAUUGGAUUGGGAUAAACGCUUUCAAAUUAUAGAGGGUGUUGCUCAAGGAGUUUUGUAUAUCCACAAGUACUCUAGACUGAAAAUAAUUCAUAGGGACUUAAAAACAAGUAACGUUUUGUUGGAUGACACAAUGAAGCCCAGAAUUUCAGACUUUGGAAUGGCAAGAAUUUUCGGAAUAAAUCAAACUGAAGCAAAUACCAACAGGGUUGUUGGGACAUAUGGAUACAUGUCACCUGAAUAUGGACUUUAUGGCCAAUUUUCUGAGAAGUCAGAUGUAUUUAGCUAUGGGGUGUUGUUGCUAGAGAUUGUGAGUGGAAAGAGGAGUGGUAGUUUUUACCAUGUUGAACGAGCAGUCACUCUUGCUGGAUGGGCAUGGGAAUUAUGGAAAGAAGGUAAAGGAAUGGAGGUGAUCGAUGCAUCCAUAAGGGAAACAUGUCGGCCUCAUGAAGCUUUAAGGUGUAUCCAUGUUGGUUUCUUGUGUCUUCAACAAUCUCCUGCUGAUCGACCGACAAUGUCUUCGGUAAUUCAUAUGCUGCAAGCCAGUGAUGCAACAUCACUCCCACCCUCCAAAGAACCUGCUUUUUCUACUGAUAUUAGGAAUUCUAGUGCCCGUGGUUCUUCCUCUGAAACAUGUACCAGAUUUUCCAACAAUGAAGUCACCAUUAGCUUGCCAGAAGCUCGGUAGAGGUUCACUAAUGAAGUUUGAUACAUAAAAGCAAACAAAAUUGCUUGGUGCGAUUUUGGUGAAAAAAUAAGAAUAUUGUUUAAGGAAAUUAGAAUGCAGAGAGAUUGAGGAGAGAAUUGUGAGAAUAGUUGUGUGUAUUCAUUGAUAAUAGGAGCCCUAUAUAUAGGGAUUACAAAGUACAUAAUCUUGGAGUACAAAGAUUCCUAUUCUAACUCGGAGUAGGAAUUCUCCCCUAUUAUAACUAUAGAACUAAUCCUAGUUUGA